AUGGCCAGUGAUUCACCCUCAGUGGGUAUGAAACCCCCAGAUAACUCGCCUCUAGAUGAACGCUUCUAUCCACUGGCCAUGAGGCACAAACUCCUGGCUGUUGACCGUGAAUUAAUUCAACAACAUCCAGGACUGGAGAUCCAUUCGGGCAGCGUACUGAACUCGGCAAAACGACCUACAAAUGGCAUGUUUCGACCUUACAGUCCUGAGACAACGUACUGUUCUGAUGGACACGUCGAUUCCGGGAAGGAAGAACCUUUUGGAAGUCCAGUGUAUUCAGUGUCAGAUAAAGAUGGUAGAAUGUUGUCUGGCAGCAACAAGACCGGUCUAGACAGUAAAUGCGGCGGUCUGAGAGUCGAUGUCGGCGAGCGACAGGUUAUUGAAGAAAUCACCAAACGAGAAGGCGGCGAGCAAGACGUGUGUUGUAUACGGCGCGAAGACAAGGACGACGCUAAAAAGGUUCUGAGCGUGAGGGAGGAGAGUGAGGACCGUGAGAUUGACAAGGGAGAGUGUGCAGACAAAAAAUGCCCCGGCGGCGAAGUGGGACCCGAUUGUGACGUCGAAGAAUUCGGGAAACGAAAACAAAGACGAUAUCGAACUACUUUUACAAGUUACCAACUUGACGAACUCGAAAGAGCAUUCCAAAAGACACACUACCCGGACGUGUUCACAAGGGAAGAGUUGGCUAUGAGGAUAGACUUAACAGAGGCACGUGUCCAGCUCCUCUUUCUUCUGCCCCUCUCUCUUUCUCCUUCUUUAGUGACAAGCGCCCCGCCUCCUGUCCGGCGCUACUCUUUCAUUAUUUCUCUAAAACAACCUUUUUUUAAAUUCUUAAAUCAUUGCUUUCUACUUCCCCCCCCCAUAUUAAUACAACCACUUUAUACCCAUUUUUCUUUCCUCGCUUUCCUUUUCUCUCUUUUUACUCGCCAUUCUUUCUCUUUUCUGCACUCUCCAUCUUUUCGCCUCUAUUCCCAUCACCCUCUUUUUCGCAUCAGUUUUCCUUUUUUUCUCUCAAUUUUCCUUCCUUUUCCCCUCUAUUCUUUCAUUUUUCUGCACUCUUCAACUUUUCGCUUCUUUUCUCAUCUCCCUCAUUUUCGCUUAAUUUUCUGCACACUCCGCCUUUUCGAUUCUUUACUCAUCUGCCUCUUUCCGCUUAUACUUUUUUCUUUCCUUACAACUUUUUCAGUUUUCUGUUCUGUCCACCUUUUCCUUCAUUUUUCAUGUCCUUCAUUUUCGCUUAAGUUUUCCUUCUUUAUUCUCACAAAUGAUUUAGUUUUCUGCACUCUCCACCUUUUCGCUUCUUUUCUCAUCUCCGUCUUUUUCGCUAAAGUUUUCUUUGUUUUUUUCUCUGAACUUUUUCAGUUUUCUGAAGUUUUCACCAUUUCACUUCUUUUCUUACUUAAGCGAAAAAGAGGCUGA